CCGUUGGUGCCGUAUCUCAUGCCUCUUGUAGCUGUUCCAGUUUAUUCAUGCCUUGUGACAAUCAUGCAGAAAACUCUUUUUCCAAGGCCAUCAUGUGAUAGAAGGUCUUAAAAGAAAUACACAGACCUUGGUAAAUAUAGGAAUAACAAAUCCUCAUUUUCAUAAAGUUGGAGGAGAUAAUUGGAUAUGGACCCGAAAAAAAUAAUCCGUGUUGGCUCCAGAAAAAGUCAGCUGGCUAUGAUACAAACUACCACCAUCAUAGAGGCCUUGACGUCAGCACACCCGGAUGUUUCAUUUGAAGUCGUUUCUAUGGAAACCAUUGGAGAUAAAGUCCAGGAUGUCGCUUUACCAAAGAUUGGAUUGUCAGGAGUAUUCACAAAGGAAUUGGAAACAGCCCUUUUCUUGAAUCACGUGGACAUUGUCGUCCAUUCCAUGAAGGAUUGUCCGGCACUGCUUCCCAACGGUCUAGUCAUCGGAACUGUAUUCAAACGAGACAGUCCUUAUGAUGUGGUGGUGAUGAACAUUCAAAACACUGGGAAAACCCUGUCGGAACUCCCUGCGGGCAGUGUUGUAGGUACGAGUUCUUUGCGUCGAAUUGCACAGGUAUCCAGGAUCCACCCCCAUCUCAAGUUCGAAAGCAUCAGAGGGAGUUUGAACUCCCGUCUGGAGAAGCUCGACGACUGCAAUAAGUAUGCUGCCCUGAUUUUGGCGGAGGCCGGACUAUCCAGAAUGGGGUGGGAGAACCGACUGUCUGAGAGACUUGAGGACAGUGGUUGUCUGUAUGCAGUUUGUCAAGGAGCCAUUGGUGUAGAAUGCCGAGAAGACGAUAAAGAAACGUUGUCUCUGUUAGACGCCAUCACAGAUCGGGAGACGAUGCUACAGUGUGUUACAGAGCGAUCUUUCAUAAAACAUCUGGGUGUAGGAUACAAAGCGCCUGUGUGUGUACACUGUGACAUCACAAAGGAUGAGAUCCGUCUAAGUGGAGCUGUGUACAGUCUGGAUGGUCAAGAAUCGCAGGUGCUGGACAAACGAGCUGACCUUCAUCCUGAUGGACAAAGAGGAAAAGGGGAUGUGAUACCUACCCAGAACGCUAACUAUAUGUCGGUAGCGGUGGGGAGCAAGGCCCCGAGGGAGGAGAUGGCAGUAGCGCAGCGUACUGGGGCCAAACUGGCGGAGGAAUUUCUCAACUCGGCCGCUAAGGACGUACUGAUGACAGCUAAAGUGUCUACGGAAAAUGCCAUUUUACUGGAGAGAACACGGCGGGCAAUCAAAGUCUGAGUGCUAAAAAGACGGGAGGGGGGUAUAUCUAUUUUCCAUUCAAAUGCUAAGGAUUGACAAUGUCUUAAGUUUUCGUAUGUGAGAGAUAUUGUCAUAUACAAAGUAUAUAUACAUGUACAUAUAUAUACACUGUAUGUACAUGUAUGCCUAUUUGAAAUGCACAAGCACUUUAUCUAUUAACUAUUACAAUAUGGUGGAAUUUUUCAUAUAUACAAUUUACUUUCAUUUCUGUCGGAAUAUAUUCCCAGCCGUUGAAACAGUCGCACUAUAUUUAACAAAAUUCAUACACCCAAUGUUCACAGUCCUGAGGAAAUGGCUAUCAUUUAUAUAAAGAUAUCGAAGGUAAAAUCAUUGGAAAUGUAAAUAUAUCGAAAACAAUAAUUAAUAAUUGUAACACUUGUGAUAUUUUGUCAGAUUUUUAGAAAUAUUCUAAUUUCUGUAUUUAAGGCUGAAUACUUACUGUAUUUCAUAGACGAAAUUGUCUAGAUUUUUAACUUGCUUACUUUAGACUAAAUUGGACAGUUGUAUUUUGGAGGUAUAAACUAAUGGCGUAAUAGUGGACAAUAAAAAAAACCUAGAUAUUAAUUCCUUUUAGCCAUGUAGAAUUAAAACAAAUUAAUUCAGAGCACAAGUAGGGGAGGGAGAAUUGAUUAAUUUCAUCCAAUGUAUCACAUUAGACACAAAAUUAAUAAAAAUCCUAAAUGCACAAUGCUUCAUCGCUGAUUCGCAUAGUUUUAUAAUCAGACAAAUUUAUCUAUAGGCCUAUAUGUUAUACAUUUUUUUUUUAAACCUUUGAGGAGAAGGAAGGCAAUAUGGUGUUUUCUGUCUUAUGAAUGUAGAUCUGUGCAGGUUUUUUUUUCUCUCUCUGAGUGAUAGAUGAAUAAUUAUACAAAAAUAAAGAUUAUCUGUUUAUUUACUCAAGUUUCUUCAAUGUUAUUAUUGUGAAUCCUGGUGCAAUAGAUCUACAUGAAAUUUGUAACAACGUUGUAAAUUGCAGUGUGCAAUCUUGUAAUCAACAUUCCAAUAAAGUUGUGCAGUGUU